AUGUGCCACCCAGUCCGCAGCUGCACUCUGAACCACGAAGACGGAUUCUCCUCUGCCUUUGUGGUGGCUCACGAAACCGGACAUGUCCUGGGCAUGGAGCACGACGGCCAGGGGAACCGCUGCGGGGAUGAGACGUCCAUGGGCAGCGUCAUGGCUCCGCUGGUGCAGGCCGCCUUCCACAGAUACCACUGGUCCAUGUGCAGCGGCCAGGAGCUGCGCAGAUACAUACACACUUACGACUGCCUGCUCGACGACCCUUUCAAACACGAGUGGCCACAGCUUCCUGAACUCCCCGGGAUCAAUUACUCCAUGGACGAGCAGUGUCGCUUUGACUUCGGGGUGGGAUACAAGAUCUGCACGUCCUUCCGCACAUUUGACCCGUGCAAACAGCUCUGGUGCAGUCACCCAGACAACCCGUACUUCUGUAAGACCAAGAAGGGCCCGCCGCUGGACGGUACCGAGUGUGCACCAGGAAAAUGGUGCUACAAAGGACACUGCAUGUGGAAGAAUCCCAACCAGGUGAAGCAGGACGGGGCCUGGGCCUCGUGGGGCAGGUACGGCUCCUGCUCGCGCUCCUGUGGGACUGGAGUGAGAUUUAGGACACGACAAUGCAACAACCCAGCGCCUUCGAACGGUGGCCAAGAUUGCCCAGGACUCAACUUUGAAUACCAGCUCUGUCACACCGAGGACUGCCCCAAGCACUUUGAAGACUUCCGCGCUCAGCAGUGCCAGUUGCGCAACUCUCAUUUUGAAUUUCAAAAUGCCAAACACCACUGGCUCCCCCACGAACAUCCGGACGCCAAUAAGAGAUGUCACCUAUACUGCCUGUCGAAGGAGACUGGGGACGUGGCGUACAUGAAGCAGCUGGUGCAUGAUGGGACGCGGUGUUCGUACAAAGAUGCCUACAGUGUGUGCGUACGUGGGGAAUGUGUGAAAGUCGGCUGCGACAGAGAGAUUGGCUCCAACAAGUUAGAAGACAAGUGUGGGGUGUGUGGCGGGGACAACUCGCACUGUCGCACGGUUAAAGGCACUUUCACCAGAACUCCAAAGAAAGCAGGGAAGAUCAGAGGAGCCUUUUUCUUGCCUAAAGGAGCUCGAAAUGUGUUUUUAAAUGAAACUGAAGACUCUCGAAAUGUGCUGGGUGUGCUUAAGAUGUUUGACAUUCCCCCCGGAGCCAGACACGUGGUCCUUCAAGAGCACGAGUCCUCCUCUCAGAUCCUGGCCAUAAAGAACCAGGCGACCGGACACUACGUGCUGAACGGGAAAGGGGAGGAGCUACGGUCGCGGAGCUUCAUCGACCUCGGCGUGGAGUGGCAUUACAUCAUCGAGGACGAGGUGGAGACGCUGCACACGGACGGGCCCCUACACGACCCGGUGGUGGUUCUGAUUAUACCCAGGAACAAUGACACUCGCUCUACACUCAUGUACAAAUACAUCAUCCAUGAGGACUCGGUUCCUCUGAACAACAACAACGUGAUUCAGGAGGACACGUAUGAGUGGGCUCUGAAGAGUUGGUCGCCCUGUUCUAAGCCCUGCGCCGGAGGAUACCAGUACACCAAAUACGGUUGCAGAAAGAAGGGCGACACCAAGAUGGUCCACAGAGGAUACUGCGACGCCAGCAAGAAGCCCAAACCCAUCAGACGCAUGUGCAACCUCCAGGACUGCAGCCAGCCUCAGUGGGUGUCAGACGAGUGGGAGCACUGUACCAAGACGUGUGGAAGCCUGGGCUUUCAGAUCCGGACGGUGCGCUGCCUUCAGUACCUCCCCGACGGAAACAAUCGCUCCAUCCACACCAAGUACUGCGGCGGAGAGAAGCCCGAGAGCCGCAGGGCCUGCAACAGAAGCCCCUGCCCGUCCCAGUGGAGGACCGGGGCCUGGGCCGAGUGUUCAGUGACGUGUGGCGAGGGUUGGGAGCGCCGCCUGGUCACCUGUCGCCUUGGAGACCAGUGUUCCGGAGACAAACCUGAGACCGUUCGCCAGUGCAGACCUCGCCCCUGCCACGAUGAGCCUUGCCACGGAGACAAAUCCAUCUUCUGUCAGAUGGAGGUCCUGGCUCGCUACUGCUCCAUCCCCGGCUACAACAAGCUCUGCUGCGAGUCCUGCAGUCGCCGAGGCUCCCUGUUCUCCGAGGCGCUCGACCCAGAGGAGCACGUUCGCUUCGGGUCGGCCUCCCAGCUCCUGGAAACCCUCGCGGCCAACGCCACCCGUGUUUCCAAACAGGCAGCGACCAAAGCCACCACCAAAGCCACCACCAAAGCCACCGCCAAAGCCAACCGGCCGCGCGCCACCUCUGCUACGCCUGCCAAACCCAAACAUAGCCUCUCAAAAACCUCCAGCUCUCCCAGAAGGCUCCCGCGGCAGACCGGCGGCCAUCUUUCAUCCAGCCCGAGCCUCUCCAGUCGACGGCCUGUGGCUUAUUCCCAAGUGGAAAGAUGA